UGCGGGGCGGGGCAGUGGGGCGAUGGCGGCGCUGCCGGGACCCGGCCAGAAUGGAGAGUUGGGCGAGGAGCAGCGCAACGGUCCGGGGGGACAGGACACUCAGGGAAGUGACGGGCCGUACUCCCAGGCCAGGCAGACGUUGGAGAGCCUGCUGAACAAGAGCAUGCGGAUUCGGAUGACCGACGGCAGGACGCUGAUUGGCCUCUUCCUCUGCACUGACCGUGACUGCAACGUCAUCUUGGGCUCUGCCCAGGAGUACCUAAAGCCGACAGAUUCCCUGGUGCAGGGGGAGCCUCGCGUCCUGGGUCUGGCCAUGAUCCCCGGACACCACGUGGUCUCCAUCGAGGUGGAAACGGACAGCGUGUCGAGCCUGCCAUAUACGUGAGGUGGUGGGGCCGUUGCCGAGGAAAGCCGGCAGGCAGGAGCCACCUCGACUCCCCGAUGUUACCUGACCACCAGAGUGUUCCCAGUAUUUUCUGUUUUUAUUUCAAGUUUCCAGAGUUUUCCUUUUAAAACUGAAUGGGAAAUGUUAAAUAUCACUCCCUGCAGUGAAAAGUAACUAAGCAUCUCGACAGCAGCAUGUGAGGUUUGGGAGCGCCGUUUUUCUACUGAAAUCCAGAGAGAACGAAACGUAUUUUGUCAUAAUUGUCAUUUUUAUGCAAGAAACGUGUUUUCAGAAGAAAUAUUUAAAUAGUUUAUUUUUAUCCGUAUAAAACAUGUACAAUAAAAUGAAUAAUGCGAUAUAAAUUGUCGGUGGCAGCAGGGC